AUGGAUGUUCAAGAAAAAGUUGUUGGCAAAAAUGAUGAUGGGAUAGGAGCUGGGAAGAAAAAGACCCUAAAGGGAGAAAGUCAAGGACAAAAAACAAUGUCAUCGUUGCGCGCACCCCGCUCCGACGCGGCGCCUAGCGCAGCUGGAGUCCGCGUCCCCAACGCGGCCCUACCGCCGAGUAUUCCCAAAAAUAAAACGGGGAGGUACGACGCCGACGGAUCCCGAAAUCCCCGGGCCGCGCGCCGAGACCUGCGCUCUUUCGGCGCCAGCCGGGAGGUCCGCACCGCCACCUGGAAGGCCACCUGCCGGGUGCGCCCGGCCAGCGAGACCGCGGCCGGAGCCUCAGGUGAGCGCGCGGUGGGACCCCCUCCCCGCGCCCCCGGGUCCCUACAGGACCCCCGACACUUCUUCGGCCACCCCCCGCCGGGCGGGGCCGCCCGGGACCUUUCUCCGCCCCAGCGGCUCCCUCGGGGCCCUCAGUCCGGCCACACCCGCAUUUCCAGCGGUGUCUGGGAAAGUCCCACUUUCAAAUCUGAAGUGAGAGGGAGAAACGGAGAGAAGAAGGCGGGAGCAGAGGCAGGGGGUGGCUGGAGGAAUGACUGGGAAUGGGAGAGGGGCGACACCCUGCGCCCCGCGGAGCCCUCCUGCCCAGGGUGUCUGGAGGCCUCCGGGUACCUCGUUCUGUUGAUUUCUAAAUCGGUCCGUGGAAAUCCUCUCGGACUGAGCUUCAGUCGUGUGUGCCAAGAGAUGAAAGAUGCUGUCUGCAUUAAUAAACUAGAUACGUUUUCCAAUCCAGAAUGUUUAACUUUCACGACAUAUGGGCUUCUUUGGACCGAAGACGCUACAAACUUUAAUGGAAGGCUUCAUGUGGAAAACUUUCCAUCUUUGAAAACAAUCUGUGUGAGCCAGCACAAAGGAACCCUUGAAAGCAAGGGACUGCAUAUUUUUAAUCUGACUUCUCUGACCAAGUCCGAAAACAUUUUGUCCGCCACACUUUAUUUCUGUGGUGGAGAGCUAGUCAACAUCAGUCUAAGCUGCCCAAUGUCUCAGGAAUGCUCACACCAUACUCAGAGGAAACACAUCCAGAUAGAUCUCUCUGCGUGGAUUCUCAAAUCCAGCAGAAACCAAAGCCAACUCCUGGGUCAUCUGGCAGUGGAUGUAACCAAACCCCAUCAAGAGAUUAUGUCCUGGCUCUCUAAAGACAUCACUCAACUCUUGAGGAAGGCCAAGGAAAAUGGGGAGUUCCUCAUAGGAUUUAACAUUACUUACAAAGGACACCAGCUGUCAAAGAGGAUGUUAUCUUUUCCAGAGCCUUAUAUAUUGGUGUAUGCCAACGAUGCUGCCAUUGCUGAGCCAGAAAGUGUGGUAUCAAGCUUACAGGGACACCGGAAUUUUCCCAAACUGGGUAGCCACAUAAGAGUUGCCCUUUCUACUGAACGGAGAAAGAAGCGCUCUACCGGAGUCUUGCUGCCUCUUCAGAACAACGAGCUUCCUGGGGCAGAGUAUCAGUAUAAGAAGGAUGGGGUGUGGGAGGAAAGAAAGCCUUACCAGACCCUUCAGACUCAGCCCCCUGAGAAGAGCAAGAACAAAAAAAAACAAAGAAAGGGACCUCACGAGAAGAGUCAGACACUCCAGUUUGAUGAACAGACCCUGAAGAAGGCAAGGAGAAAGCAGUGGAUUGAACCUCGGAAUUGUGCCAGGAGAUACCUCAAAGUUGACUUUGCAGACAUUGGUUGGAGUGAGUGGAUUAUCUCUCCCAAGUCUUUUGAUGCCUAUUACUGCUCCGGAGCAUGCCAAUUCCCCAUGCCAAAGUCUUUGAAACCAUCAAAUCAUGCUACCAUCCAGAGUAUAGUGAGAGCCGUGGGGGUCGUCCCUGGGAUUCCUGAGCCUUGCUGUGUACCAGAAAAGAUGUCCUCGCUCAGCAUCUUAUUCUUUGAUGAAAAUAAGAAUGUCGUGCUUAAAGUAUAUCCUAACAUGACAGUUGAGUCUUGUGCUUGCAGAUAACUGGCAAAGAACUCAUGGGAACGCUUAAUCUGAUCGUUCGUUUAUUUUUAUGGACUUUUUAAUUUUUUUAUUUUUUGCACUGCCAAUGCAUUUUGUUUCAAAAGAUUUUUUUCUAUAGUAAAAAAGAGAAUGAGCAAACAGAUGGAA